GUAAUCAAAAGAGAGCAGUAUUAGUUUGGGAAGGAGGACAAAAGUAAUCCGGAUAAAGCUGUCCCCACUAGGGAAACAAAAACGCUAUCCAGGAUAGGAAAAUCAGAUAAGCAAAACCUCUAAAUUCAGUUCCGGUUGCUGCCUGAGUGAAGGAACCUCGUACAGUUGCAGCAAUGGAAACUUUAGGAGUUCCGUGUGUUAAUGCCAUUACAACCAACUAUUCCACCUCUCAAACACAACGCACCACAUCAUUUAUUCCAAGACUCAAUUUUUUAACAGUCCCAAUUCACCCUUUUACAAAGCAGAAGCAUGGAAGGGUUUUAAAAAUGCAAGCAGCUGACGGUGACUAUGAGGAUUAUGAUUUGAAGCAAAUGAGAGGCAUGGCUGCUGCCAAGAAAAGAUGGGACCUUUUGCUUAGAGAAGGGAAAGUAAAGGUUCUAACGCCGAGGGAAGCUGGUUAUGCAGUUCAACUCUCUUACAAAACCCUGCUUGAUGUUCGCCCUUCUGUUGAGCGGAAUAAGGCGUGGGUUAAGGGCUCAACUUGGAUUCCAAUCUUUGAAGUUGAUGAUAGAUUUGACAUCGGAACUCUUACGAGCAAGAUCACAACUUUUAUGAUGGGAGGCUGGUGGAGUGGUGUACCUACGCUAACUUAUGAUAACCAGUUUAUAUCUAAGGUUGAGGAGAAGUUCCCAAAAGAUACAGACCUGAUUGUCGCUUGCCAGAGAGGAUUAAGAUCUCUAGCUGCUUGUGAGAGUCUGUACAAUGCAGGUUAUAGAAACCUAUUUUGGGUUCAAGGGGGUCUUGAAGCAGCCGAAGAAGAGGAUCUUGUCAUAGAAGGUCCUCAACCUCUUAAGUUUGCCGGAAUUGGAGGUGUUUCUGAAUUCCUCGGCUGGACGGAUCAACAAAGAGCUAUAGCUGCCAAAGAAGGUUGGGGUUAUCAAUUAAUAUUCACAGCGCGUCUGGUUGGACUUAUUCUUGUUGCUGAUGCGUUGUUUCUUGGUGCUCAGCGAGUUGGUGGCUAUAUUCAGGAUAUAAGGUCGCAUUGAUUGGGGAUUGAAGGUUCUCGAUUCAUUGAUCUGAGAGGAUGAUGUUCUCAAAAACAAAAUAGAGUCCAGAGAUUGGGAGGGACAUGGAAUAUCAAUUUUGAUGCAAGGAGUAAUGUACAAUGAUGAGUAGGUACAUGACUUCUAUUUGUAGUCUUAUAUCAGAUGUUUGUUGCUGUUUAAUUACACGAUUUCAUAUGAUGUAACAUGAUGUAUAGUUUGUUAUGCUGCACAUAUAUUCCUUAAUUUAACCUGUCCGUCUUAAAGCUUC